GCCACCUAAUGCAAUGCAUUAGAUCUAUUAAUAGUUAGUAGGCAUCACGCAAGCUAUGACCUGCGGCAUACCCUUGUCACUAACCCUCAGUGGGGGUCAUUUAAUGGGGUCAUUUAAUAUGCAUGCUUCAAUCUUAGCACGAACCCGUUUAGAUGCGAUGCAAUCUUGAAUCUUGAAUCUUGAUACAACUCAUCCCCCCCCUCCCCCCAAACAACGACCUCACGACGACAGUUCCCUCGUCUCGUCGGGGAUCCGACGACCUCCUUUCGCUUCUUUCUCGAAUCCAGCGCUGCUAACCGCUAACAUUCGAGACGGAUUGAGACGGAUUGCCAUCAGGAUGUGAGGUAGGAAAUGCCUGUUAUCGAAAGCACUCGAGCCGCGACGCGCUGGAUCACCCGUACAAUUCCAGUCAUCCUCGUCGCCGCCGUUAGCUAUGCUACUUAUGCCGUAGUCGGCCGGGUCUGUUCUAACUACCUUAUCGGCAAACGAGGCGAGGUCGGGGCAGCCAUUGUCAUUCUAGUUCUAUACUUUAUACUUCUCUUAUUGAUGGUCGGUACCUAUUUAAGGACUAUACUUACCGUCCUUCUCGAUCCGGGAGUUGUGCCGUUCGGGCCGGGGGUAAUUGAACGAAAGAAGGCUGCAAGAGACCGGCGAAGACGAAGGCGUCAGGAACCUGACCUCGAGAGCCUACCCUAUUACGCCGGUCCCGAUUUGAACCCAGAUAGUCCAGGCUUAGAGGAAUUUUACACAAAAGAUGUCUUCAUAUGCGAAAAUGACGGUCGCCCAAAGUGGUGCUCGGAAUGUUCCACAUGGAAAGCAGAUCGGGUUCAUCAUAGCAGCGAAAUUGAUCGUUGUGUCUACCGCAUGGACCACUACUGUCCGUGGGUUGGCGGCAUGAUAGGAGAGAACUCCUUCAAGUUUUUUGUGCAGUUUACGACGUAUACUGCUUGCUACUGUGGCCUUGUCCUUGGCGCUACAGCUUCAAGUCUUCGAAAAGAAAUUAGCGAGGGGUCUCCAUUGGAUCCCCAUUUCAUACCUGCCAUAGUACUGGCUGCUUUCUUUGGUCUUUUUACUUUUCUAAUGACUGUAACGUCGAUGCGUUACAUCUUCCUCAACAUGACGAAUGUUGAUAUGCUCGGAUAUCAAUCCAAGGUAUACCAAUUAGCUGUCCACGUGCCCCGCGGUACCGAAUCGACAGAUAAGUUCACCGUGGUGACGUAUCCCCUACCGAGACCGGGUGAGGCUGUGAACGGCUGGUCUAACGGAACAGCCCGGCCUGGAACAAAUGAGAGCGGCGGCUCGGCUGUGCAGAUUCGGCCGUCGGCUCGCGAUGACUUGGCAACUCGCACUUUCGCUAUACUAAAAACGGAGCCGGGAGAAAACCCAUGGGAUAUCGGGAUAUGGCGCAAUUGGAAAAGUGUCAUGGGCACCAACGUCUUAGACUGGAUUUUACCCCUUCGAAAGUCGCCCUGCGUCAACCACGAGGGCCACGAUAGCUUCUACCCCAUGGGCCACGUCUUGGCAGAUGUCUUGGCCAGGUACGACCUCGCCGACCUCGCGAUGAAGGACGGUUCGGGGCUCGAGAUGAGGGAGAUUGCAAGAGGGAGCAGGGCUUAGACACACGUGCAUAAUAGAUACCCCCUUUCUAGGCAUUGGAGUUGGGGAGAUUUCCGGUGGGUUCAAGCUCAUAGCAUACCUUUGGUAGCUUACCUGGUAGGUAUUUUGGUAAAAUACUUAUUAGCGAGCGUGCUUAAUGAUAUUGUAAUCAACACAUGUAUAAUAUUAGAAGUCAGAAAUAUAUGUCUACCUUCUAGGAGAA